AUGGAUUCUAGAAGUCUAGUACUACUGCUGCUCUUCUGCAUCAUGUUCUUGCAUGAUGCUUCCGAUAUCACUCACGCUCAUGCUCAUGUUCAUGCACUUCCCACUCGCAAGAUGAUGAUGGUGAUGAAGAAAGAGAAUAAAUGGGGAGGAGCAAAUGGAUAUGAAGAAGAAAAGAAGAAAGGUUUAGGGUUAAAUGAAGAGCUGAGGACUGUUCCUUCAGGACCUGACCCAUUGCACCAUCAUGUAAACCCACCAAGACAACCAAGGAACCAGUCUCGUCUCCCUUGA